GUGUUGUGGAACACCUGUAUAAAAUUCUCUACAGUGUUAUAGCCGAUGGUUGGAAUGAUUUGCACUUUGUAACAAAAUGAAGGCUUUCACUGCAGCGCUGCUUCUGAACCUUUCCAUCACACUGCCGUAUGCUCUCGCUGUGAGUCCCACAGACUGUAAUGCCGUCGAGGCUCUGGCUGGGAAAGCCCUAGACCUGGUCAAUAAAGGACGACGGGAUGGCUACCUUUUCCAGUUGCUGCGAGUCGCUGAUGCCCACUUGGACAAAGGGGAAUCUUCAACUGUCUAUUAUUUAGUUUUAGACGUGAUAGAAUCCGAUUGUUCAGUCCUAUCCAGGAAAUUUUGGGAUGACUGCACGCCAGAUUUUUCUAGACAUCCAAUUCACACUGUGAUUGGACAAUGUAAGGUAAUAGCAACAACACAUUUGAAUGAACCUCAGUAUCCACGAGUAGACCACUUUAACUGCACCACAAGUUCUGUCUCUUCAGCACUGGCCAAUACCAAAGACAGUCAUGUACUCAUUGAUUACUUUGAAGAUACUGAGCACUACAGAAAACAAGCUGAAAAGGCACUUGAGAAGUUCCAAGGGGAGAAUGGCGACUUUGCCUCAUUCAAAGUGGACCAAGUGGAGAGAGUGUCAAGAGCGAGAGGAGGGGAAAGAACCAAUUACUACUUUGAUUUCUCUGUGAGGAAUUGCUCUGCUUACCACUUUCCCAGGCACUCCAACGUUUUUGGAUUCUGCAAAGCAUAUUUUUCCUAUGAUCCAGAAGUUUCUAACUUGGAAAAUCCAAACCAUAUUGAUGUAAACUGUGAAGUCUUUAACAUUGAGGUACACAGGAACAUCAGCGGUGUCCAUCCUUUCUUUGGACGUCACAACCACUCUUGGCAUGAGCAUUCUCAAGAAAGGCCUCCGGUUAGGCACAAGGGAUCCAGAGACCAUCAUUCCCACAAGACACAAAAAUUUGAAUGCCCACCUUCCGGAGAAGAGGAAAGGCCACCGUCUCAAACAGGAACUCCCCCACCAUUGCCCUCUUCAAGGUCAAGAUGUCAUCCCCACCGUCUUGACAUCGAUGGGAUCCAUGGGCCACCUCAUAACCACAGUUCGAGUGAGCACCAUCCCCACAGACACCAUCCCCAUGGACACCAUCCCCAUGGACACCAUCCCCACGGACACCAUCCUCAUGGACACCACCACCACGGGCACCACGCCCACAGUCAGGAGGCCCCUGGUCAACACCCCCAUGGACACCAUCCUCCCGGACACCAUCCUCAUGGGCACCAUUCUCACAGACACCAUUCUCGUGGGCGUCAUCCUCACGGACACCAUCCCCCUGGUCACGGUUUCCAUGACUUUGGACCCUGUGACCCACCACCCCAUAGGCAAGGUCACCAAGAUCACCAUCAUCAUCAUGGUCCACCUCAUCAUCAUGGUCCACCUCAUCAUCAUGGUCCACCACCAAGGGAUUCAGAGGAAAGAGAUCCAAGAGGUCCAGGUAGAGGAGACCUUCCCUUCCGAAGGGGCCCUUUUGGAUAUGUUCACCAACUCCCACCACUGAAGACAGGAGAAGUUCUUCCUCCUCCUGAAGCGAACUUCCCCCUCUCCUCACUGCCACAUCACAAACCUUCCAAGCCAGAGCUUCAGCCCUUUCCUCAAUCACCCUCUAAGUCAUGUCCAGGGAAGCAUAAAGAUGACUUUCCCCAAGUCUCCAAGUUUUUUUGAGAUUCAAGAUAAAUCUGAUUCGAUUCAUGGAAGAAGCAGAAUUAUCUUUUGAAUUAAAACUGUAAAUA